CAAAGAACUCCAAUUGAUUGAUUAUUGGAUUAAGGGCCUCAACUCAAUAUUUAUUACUGUACAGUCACUACGGUGUACAUUCUUGAUUCUUCGGCGACUUUGGCACCUCACUUUCUCUCUGAAUAGAAGCUUCGCAGUAGUGGCGACCGAUUCUCCUCCCCUAAACGCACACACACUACAAUCGAAAUGCAACAAGCUACUGUGACCGCGGCGCUUCCGACUGUUUCGUCGCCGCCGCCGCCGCCGGAAUCCAAUAGCUCGACGACAGACGCACCGCCCAAGCAGGUGGCCAUGGCCCUGGAGCGGCUAGGGCAGGCCGGUCGACUGAUCGCUGACAUCAGACUCGGGGCGGACCGCCUCCUCGAAGCCCUAUUCGUGGCCGCUCACCCUCAGCACUCAGCCAAACCAGCGAAUUUGAUCCUCAAAGAAGAAGCCUCCAUGCGCCAACACCUGCAAGACCUCCGCACCAUUGGCAGACAGUUGGAAGAUUCAGGUGUCCUCACUGAUGCACUUCGUUCCCGAAGUAAUUCAUGGGGCCUCCACAUGCCACUUGUUUGUCCAGAUGGUGCUGUUGUGGCUUACGCAUGGAAGCGUCAACUUGCUGGUCAAGCUGGUGCUUCUGCAGUUGAUAGGACCAGGUUAGCUCUAAAAGCAUUUACUGAUCAGAAAAGGCGGUUUUUCCCUCACCUUGAUACUUGUGAGGAGGGAUCACCAAUGAAGAAAAUCUGUAAUCCAGUAGUGAGUGAUCAAGAUGAUAUAAGUGGCCUAAGAACAGUAUCUGAUAUUUUGACGCAUCUGGAUAAAGUAAUUCCAAACAUGAAAGCUUUCACUUACCAGCGUUUGGAUUGGUUAAAGCGGGCUUCCUCUUUGCCAUCCUCUGUCAACCAAAAUUCUGUUGAAUCCCUGAAAGAUCACAACUUUCAUAUUAGAAAUAACUUAAGAUCGGGAUCAAAUGACAAUGCUGCUAGAGAAAAGAUUACUGUGAUUGAGUUGUUGAUUCCCUCUGUAUUCAGAGCUAUUUUAUCAGUACAUCCUGCUGGUUCAGUGUACCCUGAUGCCGUAGCUUUCUUUUCACCGGACGAGGGUGGCAGCUAUAUACAUGCAAGGGGGCUUUCAGUUUAUGAAGUAUAUAGGCACAUUACGGAGCAUGCUGGUAUUGCUUUACAGCAUUUUACUGGUGUGAAUGCAGAAACAGCUUUAUGUUCAUUGUUGCUGUGGAUCUACAGUUACCAGUCUUUGUUCACAAAGGUUUGCAGCAAAUGCGGCCGUCUUCUGUUGAUGGAUAAACAGUCUGCAUUAUUGCUACCUCCAGUGAAUCGCUCUUACCGAAAUUUUUCUGCUGCUAAGGUUUUAUCAAAAACUUCCUCAACAGAGGAUAAGAAUGGGGAUUCUAAUCGGGCUUUUCACAUCAGCUGCUUUUCUGAGGAAACCUAGAGACUGUAAAAAGAACUACAUUGUAGGCCAUAUUCUGAACCAUUAGUAUUCUUACUUAAAUUUCUUGCACAAGCGAACUUUUUCUGUGAUGGUUCAUCACAGGCAGGCAGGCUUCUUUUCGUCCAUUCUGCUAGUUGCAUUUGCUCAGUAACUGCCUUGGUAUAGACUGUAUUAUGUUAGGACUUAGAGGAGUUCUCAUCUUAUAGAGCGAAAAAUGGUAACCUUUAUGUUCACUGAUUGCCCCUCCCUAUCUCAUCUAUUUUACUAACUAUAUUGUUGAUCUAUAGAAAUAUGGUAACUUAUUAUGUGAA